AUGGCAACCAAUGGAACAAAAGUAGCUGAUGGACAGAUCUCCACAGAACUCAGUGAUGCCUCAAUCACCAAUGAUAAGCCUAAGACACUGGUAGUGAAGGUGCAGAAGAAAAAAGGAGAUAUUCCAGACAGAGACACUUGGAAAGGAAAAUUUGACUUUCUUAUGUCCUGUGUUGGUUAUGCAAUUGGCUUAGGGAAUGUGUGGCGGUUUCCAUACCUUUGUGGAAAAAAUGGAGGAGGCGCAUUCCUGAUUCCAUAUUUCCUCACUUUAUUUUUUGCUGGAGUUCCCCUAUUUCUUUUGGAAUGUUCGCUUGGCCAAUACACGUCCAUAGGAGGUCUUGGAGUUUGGAAGCUUGCUCCAAUGUUCAAAGGUGUGGGACUAGCUGCUGCUGUCCUGUCCUUCUGGCUUAAUAUUUAUUACAUUGUUAUUAUUUCCUGGGCUAUAUAUUACUUAUAUAACUCUUUCACCACAACUCUUCCAUGGAGCCACUGUGAUAACCCCUGGAACACUGACCACUGUUUCUCAAAUUACAGUAUAACAAAUACUACCAACAUGACAAGUGCUGUUUUGGAAUUCUGGGAACGCAAUAUGCACCAAAUGUCAGAUGGAUUGGAAAAACCAGGCCCGAUCCGUUGGCCAUUAGCAAUUACUCUAGCAAUUGCCUGGAUUUUAGUGUAUUUCUGCAUCUGGAAGGGGGUAGGCUGGACAGGAAAGGUAGUAUACUUCUCUGCCACAUAUCCAUAUGUCAUGUUGCUCAUCUUGUUCUUCCGUGGAGUUACAUUACCUGGAGCAAAAGAAGGCAUUUUAUUCUAUGUAACUCCUAAAUUUGAGAAGCUCUCUGACUCUGAGGUAUGGCUGGAUGCUGCCACACAGAUCUUUUUCUCCUAUGGUUUGGGUCUUGGCUCAUUGAUUGCUCUUGGAAGUUACAACCCUUUCAACAACAAUGUUUACAGGGAUUCCAUCAUAGUGUGCUGCAUAAACUCUUGCACCAGCAUGUUUGCCGGUUUUGUUAUCUUCUCCAUUGUUGGAUUCAUGGCUCAUGUCACCAAACGUCCUAUUGAAGAAGUUGCAAAAUCAGGUCCUGGGCUAGCAUUUUUAGCCUAUCCAGAAGCAGUAACACAACUUCCUGUCUCACCUUUGUGGGCAGUACUGUUCUUCUCCAUGCUGCUUAUGCUUGGAAUUGACAGUCAGUUCUGUACUGUUGAAGGAUUCAUAACAGCUCUGGUGGAUGAAUUUCCAAGGUUGUUACGAAGUCGAAGAGAAAUUUUCAUUGCCGUUGUGUGUAUCGUUUCCUAUCUGAUAGGACUGUCCAAUAUUACUCAGGGGGGACUAUAUGUGUUCAAGCUUUUCGACUAUUACUCUGCGAGUGGAAUGAGUCUCUUAUUUCUUGUGUUCUUUGAGUGUAUCUCCAUAUCGUGGUGCUAUGGUGUAAACCGAUUUUAUGACAAUAUCCAGGAGAUGGUUGGAUACAGACCCUGUAUCUGGUGGAAACUCUGCUGGUCUUUCUUCACUCCAAUCGUUGUGGCAGGUGUAUUUAUCUUCAGUGCUGUGCAAAUGACUCCUCUCACUUUAGGCGAUUAUGUGUUCCCCAAGUGGGGCCAAGGUGUUGGUUGGUUUAUGGCUCUGUCAUCUAUGGUGCUGAUUCCAGGCUACAUGGCAUACAUGUUCCUUACAUUAAAAGGCUCCCUAAAACAGCGAAUCCAGGUAAUGAUUCAACCAAGUGAAGACAUUACUCAUCCUGAAAAUGGACCUGAACAAGCUCAGCAGAGCAACUCUUCAAACAAAGAAGCAUAUAUAUAG